AUGGUUGCCUUGGAACCCGUAGUACCUAGAAAAAGUGCAGAAGAAACAGUGGAAGAAGAAGAAUAUGAUGAAGAAUCAAAGGAUUUGGAGAAAGGUGGGAUGAAUUUUCAAGAACAAGCAGUUCAAAUUCAUCCCCCAACAGAAUUUCAUAUGUCAAGAAUGCAAAGAUUGAGUGCUACGAACCCUUUAAGACUUGUCGUAGAAAAUUCAACAAGAGUUGCCUCUCCUCCUUUGCAGCACCCUCCGCCUCGCCCUUCUCCUUUGCAGCACCCUACGCCACGCCCUUCUCCUUUGCAGCACUCUCCGCCUCGCCCUUCUCGUUCUGUUUCUCCCCCUCCUGUGCAGCAGCCUGUGCCACGCUCUACACCUACCCCUCAACAAUCAGUUGUAACGCUGAAUUCAAGAUCAUACACAAACAAGAUUUCUCUGUUUGUGUUCCUUGUGCAUAUGGUUAUGGCAAUUGGGCUGGUGGGGUUUCUUAUAUUUAAGGGGGUGCAAGGCCUAAUAGAAGAAGGGGGGGCUCAAAGAGAAGAGAAAGAGUUGUUGAAGUAUUUUCUGCCACAGGUUGAGGCUGCCUCUUUUCUUAGCAUUACAUUAGCAUUUCUUUGGCAAAAGGCAGUGAGAUUAUGGCCUAAAUUCGUGGUUCGUUUUAUCAUCUGGAGUUCUUUUGUCCUAACUUUAUCGGCCGGUAUCCUUUUAAUUUGCUUCCAAAGGCCUGCUACGAAUGGCGUUGGAGCUAUUUUUAUCGCAUUCGCCAUUGCGAUUAUAUUUGCAUUGGUAUUGAGCUUGGCUUGGACUGCUGAAGUAAUGAGGAAUGUGGCUAAUUUAACUGUGAGUAGGGUGAUUGCUCUGUAUUACCUAAGAGGAAUGCAAUCUAGUACUAAAUUUUGCUUCCAACGAGCGUUAUCUAACAAUCUUGGAAGUGCUUGCCUUGGUUCCCUUUUUGUGCCUACAAUUGAAGCCUUGAGAAUUGUGGCACGCGGCCUGAAUUUGAUUGAGGGAGAAGAUGAAUUCAUGUUUUCUUGUGCACAUUGCUGCCUCAAUGUCAUGGAAUCGAUCUUCAAACGAGGCAAUGGUUGGGCCUAUGUUCAGAUUGCUGCAUAUGGAAAAGGUUUUGUGAAGGCAUCACAAGAUACAUGGGAGCUUUUUCUCAAGAGAGAAAUGGAAGGAAUUGUUGAUUCUGAUAUUACAACUGCCAUUUGCUUUCUCACCGGAGUUUGCAGUGGUUCAAUUUGUACAAUUGUGGUGGCUGCUUGGACAGCCACUGUGCACCACCGCUACACGGCCACCCUCUCCGUCCUAGCCGCCUUCAUCGGUUACCUAAUGACUAGGAUUGCAAUGGCACUACCUCAGGCAUGUGUGAGUUGUUACUAUGUCUGCUAUGCCGAGAAUCCAAAUAACAGGCUCUUCGAUGACAUGAUACCGGACCGUAUCCAGAUGCUAAAAUCCGGCCGUGAUGUUGUGGGAAUGACACCUCGAGUUCCCCGGCGUUUCACAAGAUGA